GCACUAUUUCUUUUGUUUUUUACCACAGGCACGCAUAUCGCUUUUUGCGCAUGCACAGAUAACGUAUCCGAUCGAUAUCAUAUCACAACAAUAGUCAGAGAAAGAAACAAUGGCCACUUUACGGGAAGGGGAUAACAAAGUUGGUUUUCGUCAUCUUUCCGACGCAGAAAAUAACGAUAUGUCAGAAGAUUUGAGUGAUGGAAAUCGGAAGAUCCUUCCGUGGGAUGGAUUUUCAGAAUGGUUUAAUUGUUUUUGUGUUGUGACGUUUGAUCUAGAACUCGGACAAGCUCUGGAGUUCAUCUAUCCAUCACACAUCAAGCUUACAGAAAAAGAGAAAAUGAAUAUAUGCUACCUGUCUUUUCCGGAUUCAAAUUCAGGAUGUAUGGGAGAUACCCAGUUUAGCUUCAGGAUAAGACGUUGCCCAGACAAAAGAAAUUUCAUACACAGUAAAAGAAGUACAGAUUACAACAAGCAUUGCCUUCCUACAUUACAGAUUGAUGCUGCUCAUUUAUACGGGUAUGUCUACUUUCGGCAAGUUAAGGACAAAACUUCAAGGAGAGGCUACUUUCAAAAGUCAUUAGUUCUCUUGAGUCGAUUACCCUUCACAUCGUUAUUCACCCAGUUAGCUAGCCUGGUAGCUCCAGAGUAUUUUGACAAUGGGGAACCAUCAAUAGAAGCAGCUUGCCAUGAUAUUGACCAAUGGCCAUCACCUUGCCCAGGAAAGACCCUUCACUUACCCAUUAUGGGCUGUGUCCUUCAAGUUCGUAUCCCAUCAAGGCAAGACAAACCCAGUGCUGCAGCAGUUGCCAAGGGACAGGUAGAGCUGAUGGGAUCGCCUCUUACAGUUGUGCCUUCCAUCAGUGAGCCUGAGAUGUUCAGAUGCCUUCAUCCAGUUAUACCUCACAUACAGCUUCUAUGGGAGCUUGUCUUGACUGGAGAGACAUUAGUUGUGAUGGCACCAGGUCCUGGUAUGUGUGCUGAUACAGUCCAUGCAAUGGUCAGUAUGAUAUCACCUCUAAGGUUUAUGUGUGAUUUCAGACCGUACUUCACCAUCCAUGACAGUGAAUUCAAGGAGUAUACAACAAGAACACAAGCACCGCCUUCAGUAAUUCUUGGAGUGACGAAUCCAUUCUUCGCCAAGACAUUACAACAUUGGCCACACAUAGUACGGAUAGGAGAACCAACUUAUGGUGAUAAGAAUUCCAAAGCUCUGAAACCAAAGAAGCCAGGGAGUAUCAAGACAUUAGAGUCAAAGCCAGGUGUCUACACACAGUAUAAACCAUUCCUGAACAAAGACAAGAGUAUUAUUAAGAGAUUAGCAAAGGGCAUGCAGACAAGGAGACCUACAGAAGUCCAGGAUGCCAUGCUCCGGAGACAUCUCCUUGAGCUUACACAGAGUUUCAUGAUUCCACUUGAAAGAUAUGUAGCUAGUCUCAUGCCUCUUCAAAGGAAUAUCUCUCCCUGGAAGCAUCCCCCAAGGUUAAAGCCAUUUGAUGCUGAAGAGUUUCUGAAGACAUUAGAACAUUCUGGACCCCAACUCACAUCAGGACUCAAAGGAGAUUGGGUGGGACUCUACAAGAAAUUCUUUAGAUCAAAGAAUUUUGAGGGUUGGUUUCAGCAGCGUCAGGAGGAAGUGAACUGUAAGCUGUCAGCUCUCCACUUAGAGACUCUUUGUGAGGCAGACAUCGCUGACUGGGCGAAAGACAAGCAAGAGGUGGAGGUUGUUGAUCUACUCUUGAAGCUUCGAGAGAAGAUGGCUAGUGUCCGGGACAACAGUAUCUUGGUGAAGCCAGAGUUGAUCAAACAGCUAGGAGCACACAUGGAUGCUAUCAUCUUGAACUUACCUGAAGACUUACAGAUUGUCCUACAGAGUCACUGAUAGUGAAUCCAAACACUCACUGAUGCAUGUGAAGACUUCAUAAAGGAUUGCUAUGUGUCUUGAUAUAGCCAAAUUUGGUCAAGCAGCUUUAAAAGGUCACAAGGAGUUGAAAACAUUGGCAUUUCAGGGAAAGGAAGGCAUCUUUUGAAUGUUGGAAAGUGAGAAGACGUGUAUGAAGCUGGAUACUUUUUUUUUAUGAAGUAAACUCAUUGUUGAUUGAGCAGCAAUGAAUGCAUUUGGAUGUUACCAUUAUGAACUUUGGAUUAUCUGAAGGACCUGUAGUUCAUCUUAAUGUACUCAACAGGAAUCCAUCUGUAAUGAGGUUAGCCAACAGAACCAAGUCUUUUAUAUACUAAGUUUUUCAACCAUGUGAAAGUUUGAAUGAAAGUGAGAUCCCUGAACUAUCUUAAGGUGAAUACAGUGUGCUAUAAAAUCAAGUCAAUGAUUGAUCAGACUAGGAAGACAUGAAUUUACAAAUUAAUGACUUGAAGGAAAGAAUUCAUUUCUUGUUCAUGCUACAGGUGGUUCCUAUCGAUGACAUUAGAAACCAACCAGACCAACUUCAACUAUUACUAUGUGGAAAAUGUGACUUGUGACAGGAUUGUAUUCUCAAGUUUGAACAUGUCGUUUGGUCAUAAAGGUGAAGGAAAAAAUGUUUUUGCACAUUUUGUAUAUUUUGUACUGAGAGCCUGAAGGUUUCAUCAUAAUAAUAAUCCCUUCUAGUUCUAUGCACAGUCUGUUCAUUUAUUGGUACACAUGUGCUCAAAAUAUUUGCCCUUGCCAUUUUAGAGUAUUUUUAUCUGGAACUGAUAUGAAGUUUUUAUACUAAACGUAGUUACACCUAAACUUUAAAAAUAUAGUAGGGAAAAUUCAGAUUUACUUGAAUGAUUAUUAUUAUUAUUUUUGAUAUUUGUUACUCCAAUCUGCUAUUCCUGUCCAUCAGUGCAUUUAGGAUUUAAUAGAAACUUCUUCCUGAACAUUCAAGCUGUACAACCAAAAUUUCUACAGGACUGAAUUUUAGAAUAUGUAUGUAUAUUGAAUUUCCAGUAGAGACUUUUCUCCUGUGCCUUUUGAUCACUGACCAUAUUCUUUUUAUUUUAUUGAUUAUUCUUAGAAUAAUAGUGAAUACUUCAUUUUGUGCUUGAAUUAGAAAGAAAAAAAAAAUUGUAAUGAAAAUUACCUGAUGUGUCUGUUUGACUAUCUAAGCUCUUUUGAUAUAUUUUUGCUGAAAUUGUUAAUUCUCCCAUUUUACACACAACUAUAAAAUUUCAAGGGUGUAUAUAUCUGAUGUGCACUAUUAUUAUUCUUCUUCACAUCACCACUCUACAUGGAUAAAGAAAUCAUUGUAUUUGCUUAGCAAUGUGAACAGCUCAUACAGCAACUGACUGGAAUAUCCCCCUGGGAGUGGAGAAUGAUCUUGCAGCUUACUCAAUUUAUAGGAACUUAUCAUUGAAACCAUUCAAUACGGGCAUUCAAUAUUCUGCUGGAUUGGUAUAUUCUGAAAUUUUAUGCAUGUUAAAGUUGGUUGAUGCAUUUAAUGAUGAUGAAAAAUAUAUUAAAUAUUAUUCCCAGAUACUUGAACUGAACCGAAUGAACUAAGCGUCAUGUUUCCGCAAACUGAACGUUAAUGGUCUUAGAUGUGUCACAAUUGGCUACCUUUAAUUAACUUUUGACCAGAAUUUAGAUAAAACCCGAGUUCAGAAUUGGGGCCUACGUCGUUGGCAUCUUACAGAGAGCAUGAUUAUAAUGUUAUUCACUUCUGAUACUGCCUACCACAAAAGUAAUUACAAAUGUAAAAUGAUUUGUAUAUCUAUAUGAUAUUUCAUGGUUAUGGUGUGCAUGUUUUGACAUUGUACUAUCUAAAGAUGUUUGAAGCAAAAACUUAUGCAGACACAAUGUAAUAUCCAGAUGGUAUCAAGUGCUGUGUUAUUGUUAUUAUUAAACUCUUAUCAGAUAUUUGAUUUAUUUAUUUACCAACAAUAUUCACACGUUUACAGGUUAUGAAACAAAUUGCAUAACAGUUGCACAUGUAUAAGAAUACCAUGGUAAUUGGGACCAGAAAGUAGCACAAGUGCUUAUUGAGCCUGGCCCCACAAAUAUUACAAAAUGCACAUUUAAGAAGGAAAACAAAACAAAACAAACAUUAAAAUUGCAAUACAUUCCUUGUAAAGGGUGAUCAUCAACAUUUUUUUUUUAAGUAUCAUAAUUGUAUUGAUUAUCUAGUGUAGAUUUACAUGUUGAUGGUGUGAAUUUAUAAAAACAAAUAACUUUUUAGAGAAUUCCUAAAACUUUUUCUUGAUUUCUUCAAUUGUAUAUUAACUGGUACUUUAUUCCAGAAUUUGCUAUCUAGAAAAGAAAAUGAAAAUUGGCCUGAGUUGUUUUUAGUCUUGUGGAAGAUUAUUAUUAUUUGUUUGGUGUCACCUCUGCCUUGGGGGCGAAAAGCAAACUGAAUCACUGUGAUCAGCGGGUCUCUCCUCCCAAUAUAACUGAUUGAGGGAGUGCAGGUGGACCACUACACAGGGGACUCCCCUACUCUUAUAUGGAUAGUGCAGUGGGUUCUUAAUGUGCAAAGGUGGUGACUCUCCUCUGCAAGGGGCCUCCAUUUAACCUCCUGUCCGAAGGAUGGACUUUUCCAUUGUAACAUAGCCCACAUCUAUGGAACAAGGUAGAGUUGUUUACACACAACGCAGGCUUCAGUCAUCUAACCGGGGUGAACUCGAACCCACGACCUUUGGUUCAACAGACAGACGAUUUAGCCACUGUACUGUGUACAUAAAGUAAGUGAAGAGUAAAGCUAGAAUGAUGUCCUUUAAUAUGUACACAUUAUGCUGCUGUGAGUUAUCUUUCCAUAUUGCUGUUAUUUGAGGUCUAUAUGGAGAAAAAUGCUGGUAGUAGUGUACAACCCUGCCCUAAUUUUAAUAUACAUACAUGUACUAGUAUACACAAAUUCAUGCAGAAUCAACAGGAAUUAACCAGCAUCACAAACAUUACUUUAUCUAUAGAUUAACAUCAAAUACAUGUAUUUGAUGGACCAAUAUUUACGGGUCAUAAUGUUACAUGUUUAAAAGUCAUACAAUAGUGAGAGUGAUACUAGUAUUUCAUCGUAUUAUUAAGCUUUAUAUUAUAGUCAUUCCUAGUAUCCAGGGUUCUCUUGGGUUUACAGUGAAAGGUUAUACAAUGUUUUACAAAAAUGUAUAUUUUUAAACAUUAAUGAUGGUUAGACGAUUGUCAUCAGAAUUAUGCACACUUUGAAUAUCAGAAUUCAGAGUUAGAAAUGUUGAUCAUUUUAGACUGUUCAACAAUUCUUGUGCCUACACAGUAGCAAGAAUCAAGUAUAGUAGAUUUGAAUGUAAUUUUAAUGACAUUAAGUGUGUUGCUCAUACUGUAGAUGUAUGUUACGUGUAUAAUUAUAUCUUUGUGAGUUGCAAAUAACCACCAGUUGGCUACCAUUUGUGAUGGAAUUAGUCCCACCACCAAACAUGUUCUUGCCAAAUCCUAUCAUUAACAGUGUCAUUGAAUUCAUGAAGUGUCUUUUAGCAAGUGACUUUCAUUCAAAAAUUAAUUCUUGGCUAAUCAGAUUCAAGGAUGUCAGUUGUGUUUGCGUAUCAUGAAUUGUAAGUAUUUUUAAUUUGCUUCAUGAAAUGUACAAGGCGCAAUUUAUCAAAGUCACAUAGAAUAUCAUUGACCUUUGACUUUGCAUGAGAUAGCAGAACUAGCAUAAAACCGGGAUUACAUAUAUUUUCUGGCUCAUUGUACACAGCAUGUUUGAUGUGCUGUAUUAUUUUGUCAUGUCAGUAUUCUUGGUCUCUUUUGAAACAAGUGCUUUAAAUAAUGUCAUCCCCAUUUUCACACACUAAUCUGGGAGUGUUUCAGUGGAUUUUUUUAAAUCAACAAUUUGAGUUUAGCUUUUGUAUUGUGGCUUUAAAAAGUUUGUGAUUGAAUUUCAAUUUUUGAUACCAUGAUAGAACAAUAUCUGAGGAAUCAUCCAUGAGACUGCUUAAGACUUAUAUUUUGUGAGAAUAUAGACAUAUAAUGAUCUUGUUAAAACAGUGACAAUGUUUUCCAUGUAAGAACUUGGUGUAAACAAAUGGACAUGAAAGCCUCUUUGAUAUCAUAUGACUUUAUUGCAGGACAAUUUAUUUUAUUAUUUUUUUUUUAAUAACAAACUAUAAUUUCAAUUUCAAUUGAUCAUACACACCAAAUUUCAUGUUCAAAACUUGCCUUAGCAAAAUUUGAUUUAUCUUUGUGAUUGGGAGGAUAUAUUGGCUUAGUUUUGGUGAUAGUAAUACGUAACAUUUUAAUCAAGAAUUGUGGAUUUAAAUGUAAGGAGGCUAUUGCUAAAUUGUGAUAAAUUUUAAUCCAUUUUAUGUGCUAUUAUUUUUACAUGUUUUGCAGAGUACAUGUAUCACCACUUUAUAUUUGGUGUAUUAGAUGUUUCUUUCUGAUCUUGAACAGGAAAUGCAGGCAUUUUCUCAAUUUCUGAAUGGCUGUGUUUAUGUUGUUAUAGUUUUAAAAAAGAUAUAUAUUUUCUCUGUAAUCAGAAAUAUUUAUCUUGUAUAUUAAGAUGAACUGUUUUCCUUGUACAUGUUGAAUGAUAAUGUAUUGUAUGUGUCUUUGAAGGCACAUUUGCUGAAAACGCAAAAAAAUGAACUUUUCAGUGCAGAAUCACAGUUUUUAAAUUCAUUUGUAGUCUAAACAGGGUAGGAUCAUAUUUUAAAAGGCUUUUGUAUCAUUUACACUGAAAAAAAUGAAGUGCUAAUUUAGCACUUACAGUGCUUGUAUAGUGACUGCACUAAGAGUGCUGAUUUUUUAGUUUAAAUUUGAAAUAGAAAAUCAGCACUCGUAGUGCAGUCACUAUACGAGCACUGUAAGUGCUUAAUUAGCACUUCAAUUUUUGCAGUGUACAUGACUAUGCCCCUGAAAUAUUUAAUGGGUAUAUGUUUAUUGGAUUUUCUUCAGCGCAUCUUGUAAUCAAAACCUUACAUAAAGUUUUAAUGUGUUGGGUAUGAAGUUUCCUUGCUUUAAUUGUAUUCUGCAACUGACAUAAAGCCAUUUUAUUUGAAUCGUAUUCCUGGUUAAUGGUUUAAUGGUUGGUGCAUGAACAUUUUGACACAAGUUUUCUACCAUUUUUUAUUCCGUUGACCAUCAGGAUACUAGUAUACAGGUGAGUCUACCCCAAGUCAAAUAUUUAGGGACCACAACAAUAUUUGGGAUUUGUAUGAAAUUAGACAGAAAAGGUAAAUAACACUUUACAAUUAUCUGCUCUGAAUAGUGCUACAACUUAGAUGAUUAUUCAAAUAUAUGCAGAUUCUACUGUGAAAAAAUGUGUUCUUCGUCGGUGAAUUACAUCUUUAUAUUCAUUAUGAUACCAUCCUUAGCAAAGUGGAAUUACAUCAACUUUGUGUCAGAGCAGCAUCCCAGAAUAUUGAAAAUAUGUUAUUAUUGGUCAUCAUUCUACUCCCUUCAUUGGUGCAUUGAUACCUCAUUGCUAUUUCACUUGAAUUCUAGGUUUUAAAACAAGGGCAAUCUAUGAUUUAUCUGUAUGCUUUGAUUGCCAAUUACAAAACCUAUGUGAUUGCCAUUCAAUGUUUUUUACAACAUAAAUUUGACCCAAGUUUUAUUAAUUUGCUCUGAUUUUUAAUUAUGAAUUUGACACUGGUAAGUGUUAAUGACACAGUUAAUGAUGUACUUAUUAUAUAUAAAUGUAGGAUAUUGCAAAAUGUGUGAAUUCAUUUGUGACAAGAAGUUUUAUGUGUAUUAUCAUGAUAAUUGCAAUUAAAAUGAUUGUUUGACUUGUA